AUGGAAGUCCCAGCUACGGGUGAUUCUAUGGAGAUGGCUUCGCCCUAUCAAGGGCCGGCUGAUGAUUUUGACAUCGAUAUCGACCUCAUGGAGGACCAUGUCUCGAACAUGGACAGUGAUAUGAUGGGCGCAGAUGAAUUUACAAGUACCUCUCAGCCUAACGAACUCAACAAUGACGCGAUCUACGAUGCCGACAUGGCCGAUGAACCCUCCGAAGGGUCGAUGAUCGACGCUGACAACUACGCCGAUGAAGACAACGAUAUUGACGUGCAAUUUGAGGAAGAGCCAUACGAAGAAGAAAUGAUUGAGACUGAUGAGGCCGAAGCCGUCAAUAUUCCUGCCCCCGUCAUUCAUCUUGAACCUGCGGGCAGCAAUGGAGACGCUACCAGCACCAUCAAGGAGGAUGCCACAGUCACAACUGCGGAACCCCUCGAAGCAGCAACUCAAGGCCCAAGUGGCUCUGUGGAAUUUGCUCCAGUCCAAGAUGAGGCUCAGGCUUCUGGAGUUGAGGGCCUAGACAUGCAGGCCCAGCUAAACACGGUUGGUGAUGAUGGUCUUGCUGAGGAACCAUCCGAAACAGUUAUCAGUCCUGAAACCGGCGGUCAUACUGAAAAUUCAGAGCUUAGCGAAGAGGCUAAUAAGAUAUCACAAUCUGCUGUCUCAGAGACUGAGGUAACGCAAGUUCCCAACGAGGACCCGGAGACCAGUCAAAUCAAACACUCAGCCGAGGAUUCCCAUGAUGAUGACGAUGCGCACCUAGAGGCGCAGCCUGUGUCCGAGGGAAAUCACUCGGUUGUAGGUGAGGAUGCAUCUCUCCAGCAGGUCACAUACAUAGAUGAGCCUCUUCAUCCAGUCAAAAUUCUCUAUCAGGACUGUGAAAUCGCUCUGUUCCCUCCCCUUGAGGGAGACUUGGCGGAUACCUUCUUUAUUGAAGAUGAAGCUUUAGCUUACGAAAAUAUUGGUCAAAUAUUCAAGGCGCUGCGCGAGGUGCUUCAAAAAACAAUGGCAGGCAAUGAGGUCCUGGUCAUCGAUAUUGACACUCUUGGUAUCCAAAUGACAGAGGACUCAUUCCACACGUCUCAGGUCACGUUGCAUCAGAUCCUAGAUCUUUAUGUUAGACUUUGUCGUAAUGAUGGCACGGCCGACCCCGAUGCCCUUUAUCUUACGCUAAGCACCAAGCGCGCAUUCCCGGCUGAGAUCGCAGAUCUCAAUGACGCUGCAAUUGAAGGCAAGAAACUUUCCGAACUUCAUUCCGAGCUUCAUGCAUGGGAUGAAUAUGAUGAAGCCGAGCCAGGUUCCGAUGAGGAUCUUGGCGCCCAUGGGGCUGAGGAGCACGAAGACGAGGUCUACUACACCAAUGAGGCUCAAAAAGAGCUUUCAAUCACGGAAGUGCAAACGGCCCCAGGACCCGAAGAAGAGCAAGCGCUAGAUGACGAACAGUCUCAAGUCCAGCCCGAAGAUGUCCCUUCCGCUCAGCCGGAGUUUGUGCAUGCGCAGGACGCGAAUAGAUCUACCUCUAGUGAGCGGAGUCCUGAGGCUGCACCUGUGUCUGAACCUCAUCUAGCCCAACCCGAGAACGAAGAGGCAGACCACUCCGAUGUGUCUCAUCAUAUUGAAAGAGAUCAAGAACACGAUCAUGACCGUGGCGAUAUCAACGAAGAGCACUAUGAUUCUGAGGGCCGGCAGAGUGAUUCUACUGCCACGGUAGCUGCACUGCCUAGUGCAAGCGAGAUCAAAGAGCAUGUCCAGCAUGUCCCUCUGGACGUUACUGCGGACGCCGGUACAGAUCAAAACGAUGACGAGAACUUUUAUGGAGAGGAACUUGAGAACGAUGAUCUGGGAGCUGAGGAAUACUAUGAGCACGAAGACAUCGGCUCGGUCGAUGAUUCAGAGGCUUUCCAAAAAGAUAUCACUGGCAGUGAAAAUAUUGAUUUUGAUGCUCAGGAGCCAGCUGAUCAAACGUCUGUCCUUGAUGAAGAGGAUGCAGAUGAAUUAGAUGCCCCGCCAACAGACGAAGUUGUCUCGGAAAUUAUCCUACAGGAUGAAAACAACCACCCUUCCCAUGACCAGCCGGCACCGCCGCUUGGCAGCGGCUUGAAUGACGCCUCCGACAAGAAGGAGCAAACACCAGAGCCUGCAGAUGAUUUACUUGGAAUUGCUGUAGACCUGAUGCAGACUCCCCCAAAAGACAUAGAGGACGAUGCCCUUGAUCAUUUCGAGGGCAUAGACUACAACGAGCCUGAGGAUGAACUCGAUGCUCCUGUUGCAGCUGAUGAUGAGAGUGCUGAUGACCACGAGUUUGAUGAGAACCAUUUUGGCGACUAUGACACCCAUUUUGAAGAAUCGGAGGCUGUAGAGCUGGUUGGAACAGACCCUUCCUUGACAGAUCCCCAAACCAACCAGAGCUCGUCUGCCAAACGGUCUCGCGAAGAUGAAGACGACUGGGAUCUGGUGGAAACCACAGUUGACACCAAACGUCGCCGCUCUUCGUAA